AUGAGCUCUUCUUUUUUAAAUAAUAAUGAUGACAAUGAAAAUUCUUUAGUUACCAAAAUAGCAAAACGAUCAUUAGAGUUUUAAGACAAAUUAAAUGAAUAUAAUGAUUUCAUAAAAAAAAAUAAUGAUAAAAAUAUUUUAGAAUCGUCUAAAAAUCUUAUUCAUAAUAUUUUUAAUUUUUCUUCAAAAUUAACAGAUAUUCUGUCAUAAGUAAAUGCUUUUUUGAAAAGAUAAGAUGUUUAAUGUGCUUUUCACAUUUUAAGGGAAUUAACUUAAAUUGAUUUAAUACUAGAAGAAAGUGAUUAUGAUGAAUUUGAAAUUGAAAUAUAAAGAGCUUAAGAAUCUAACUUAAUAAAACAAUUAUUUACCCAAAUUAAAUUUAUUGAAUAUUUUAUAAACAAUAUCGAAUCAAGUAGCCUUUUUGUGAAACUUUAAAAGCAAACAAAUAACGACAAUUUAAUAGAAAAAUUGUUUAAAAAAAUAAUAACUUUAGAUAGUUUAUACCCACUUUAUUGCGAAUUAGGAGUCUCUGAAUAGGUUACAAUAGGUGAUUUAAACAAAACUUAUGAGCUAAAAUACUAGGAUUUAUAACAAUUACUUAAAUAGACUAAGAACAAAAAUAUUAAAAAGCAAUAUGAAUUAAAAAGUUUUUAAUUAACUUUUUGUUAUCUUUUAGUUAAAGAAGAUAUUGAAGUAAGAGAUAAAAAUUAACAAUCAAAUAAGAAAGAAGAUAUAGUCUCUUGA